AAUAAAAAUAAUAAAUUUCUUCCAAAAAUAAACUAAGUCAUCCAACAGCGAUCCGAUUCCACGAGUUCCGCAUCCAUUCCUUCAGGUGCAGUCAUAUGUAGCAAUAAAUUGGAUUAACUUUCCAAAAUUAAAAAUAAAUAAAUAAAUAAUAAUAAAUUUCAUCCAAAAAUAAGUAAAUCAUACAACAGCGAUCCGAUUCCACGCGAUCCGCAUCCAUUCCUUCUGGUGCAGUCAUAUAUUCUCCAAGACAUACACCCAUUUCACAUUCCAUCCAAAUUAUAUUGUGCCCACUUACAUUUUUGUGUUAUAUUGAUCCGUGGUAUGGUUCUCUGACCAGCUUCCAAAUCGUUAAGCCGAGACGUCCCUAUUCUUGUCCCGUCAGUGUAAGUUCAGGCUCCCACUCGAGCCUACUAUGCCGAUUGGUGAAGGUGAGGAACUUAAAGUUCAGUUAACCGUCCCAUCAGUCAGAACACCCAGCCGGGCAAGAGCUAAAAGCGAGUCGUCAGUACCCACCAAAAAGGCAGGAGUACGAGACGUGCUCUGAGGUUCUUUCCUUAGUAGAUAGUACAGACACGAUGGAAGUCAUGCAAGCCAAGUAUGACUACUGCUACUCUGUUUUUGAAAGAUGCGCUGCAACACUAAACGAAACGAUUGAAAGAGCUAGCGUUCAACCGAUUCAUGAACCGCCCACACCGGUGCCUCUGCCUAGUGGAUGCCGCGUCCCUCCAAUAGACUGUGAAAUUUUCAGUGGCGACUAUGUUCAUUGGCCGACGUUUCGAGACCUUUUUUCCGCCAUCUAUGUCCAAAAUCCGAGGCUUUCAGGCGUUGAAAAGUUGUUCCACCUUAACUCGAAAACGAGUGGAGAAGCAAAGUCUAUUGUGGCAUUAUCACCAUUGACUAACGAAGGUUUUGCGUCCGCAUGGGAAAAUCUGCAGACUCGUUUCGAAAACAAGCGACUGCUCGUCAACAGCCAGCUAAAGAUCCUGUUUAGUCUCCCCACUGUUUCCCAAGAGUGUGGCAAUUCCCUUAAGCACCUGGAGAGCACUGUCCAAGGUUGUUUGACAGCCCUGAAAAUAGCAAAGGUAGACAUAUCAAACUGGGACUGUCUUCUCGUCUUCCUGUGCUCCUCAAAGCUGCCGAAGCUGACGUUGGCUUUGUGGGAACAGUCCCUCCUCAACCCAUCCGAGAUUCCAGGGUGGGAAGAAUUCAAAACCUUCUUACAAGGUCGUCAUCGAACCCUGGAGGCAAUUGAAGAAUUUAAACCUACUUCGACCACUCAAUCCAGAGCCCCACGUCCUGAAGGUGGGCCGCGGAUUAUCCAUAAUUUUGAAAAUAGGGUCACCGUAAAUCCACAGUCGUGUAAACUUUGUCCAAGGGAGAACCAUCCGAUCCGUCUGUGUCCCCAUUUUUUGAAUAUGUCGGUUGCCGUCAGGGAACAGUGUAUUAAACAACAUAAACUCUGUCUGAACUGUUUUGCAAGAACCCACAUGUUGAGAGACUGCACGAGUACGCACAAUUGCUACACGUGCAAAGGUCGCCACAAUACUCUCCUCCAUCGCGGCGGCCCUCCACAACUCCAGUCAGCAUCCGAACCUGACCUCCAGCCAGAAAUACAGUCCACUCCGUCGAACGUCCAAACGUACCUCGCCGUGAACACGCAAGGGGUCCUCCUGAGUACCGCGCUCAUAGAAAUCUGCCACUUGGGCAUUAGGUACUCAGCACGUGCCUUAAUUGACUCCGGAUCCGAGGCGACCUUUAUUUCAGAACGGUUAUUUAACCUAAUUAAGUUCCCCUACGAAUCCAUACAAGCUCAAGUUUCGGGAGUAAACCAAACUGUUGCUGCUCAACCACGUAAGCGCUGCCAAUUCCAUAUAGGCUCCCCCAUUAAGCCACAAAUCCAAAUCGAAGCGUCUGCAUAUGUGCUACCACAUUUAGCCGGAAAUCUUCCAUCCUAUACGAUACCCGAAGGGUCGUUGAGGGACCUCCCUCCCAUCCAAUUAGCAGAUCCGAAUUUCUACCAGAGUUCGCAAAUUGACGUGCUCAUAGGCGCCGAUAUCCUUCCGUCGAUCAUUUUAGGCGGCUUCCACUCAAAUGUUUGCGGAACACUCCUUGGCCAAGAGACCAUAUUCGGGUGGAUUCUUUGCGGCCCAAUCGCGGAGAAUCCCACUAACAGAAUAUCUUCCUUCUCAGCACGGUUGUCUGUCACCGAAUCUCAACUAGACGGUAUCCUCACCAAGUUCUGGGAGGUGGAGGAUGUUCCAGUGAAGCCGGGUAAGGAAUCCAGCUCGGUGUGUGAAAAUAAUUUCCAGCAAACCACCACAAGGGAUAAAGAAGGAAGGUAUGUUGUUUCUCUGCCCUUUAAAGAACCUAACAAAAUAAACCUGGGGCAUUCACGGUCCAUCGCACUGGCGCAAUUUCUUAGAAAUGAAGUACGGCUGAGUAAAAACGCUCUUUUGAGAAAGCAGUAUAACUCAGUUAUUCAGGAAUAUUUAGAUUUAGGUCAUAUGCACCUAGUCUCUCCAAAUGACGACUCCAGCAAUUUUUACUUGCCGCACCACGCGGUUUUCAAGCCAGACAGUACGACCACAAAGGUUCGCGUGGUGUUUAACGCCUCCAAUAAAUCGUCAAACGGGUACAGCCUAAAUGAUAUCCUUCAUACAGGUCCGGUACUGCAAUCUGAUUUAACCACCCAGAUCCUCAAAUGGCGUUUCUUUAAAUACGUCUUCAAUGCUGACAUCACUAAGAUGUAUCGGCAGAUUCUCGUCCAUUCCGAUCAUACACGUUUCCAAAGAAUCCUGUUCCGCGAUAAAGAGGGGAAACUCUGUGAUUAUGAGCUCAACACUGUCACUUUCGGCGUUAACUGUGCCCCUUUUUUGGCCAUACGCGUGCUUAAACAACUGGCUCAUGAUGUACGUGACCAAUAUCCUUUGGCAAGUGACAUAAUUUCUAGUUUUAUGUAUGUCGAUGAUGUUUUAGCCGGCACCCACACGCAGCAGUCCGCUAUUUCAGCCAUCAAAGAGCUCCGCGGUGCCCUAGAGAGUGCGGGCUUUCCACUGCGCAAGUGGACCUCAAACGAGAAGAAACUUUUACAGGGCAUUCCAAAGGAACACUUGAUUAGGGCCGACUUUCUGGAAUUGGAAGACGCCAGUAUGGCAAAAACUCUGGGAAUCCGUUGGCAUGCGACAUCGGACAGUUUCCUCUUCCUGCCGAUGGAUAUUUCUCUCCAAACAACCUACACCAAACGAGAGGUUUUAUCCCAGAUAGCCAAACUAUUUGACCCAGCAGGAUGGUUAUCGCCAUUUAUUGUUCGGGCAAAAAUGCUCAUGCAAGAAAUUUGGUUGCGGGAGUUAAGCUGGGACCAGCCUCUUCCGACUGAUCUUGUCACAAGGUGGCGUAAUUUUCUUGAAGGGUAUCAGACUUUGAAAGAAGUUCGCAUCCCAAGAUGGGUAAGAUUUCAUCCAGCAGCAAAACUGCAGUACCACGGGUUUUGCGAUGCGUCGCAGAGCGCCUAUGGUGCUGCCAUCUUUGUUCGCGUCGAAACGACUGAUGGCUGCUUCACCCACUUGCUUUUGUCCAAAACCCGAGUUGCUCCAGUAAAGUCCCUUUCCAUACCGCGAUUAGAGCUGUGCGGUGCGGUGCUUCUCUCCGAAAUGCCUCCUACUCAGUAUGAUACGUAUUAUUGGACAGACUCCACGAUAGUGCUGGCAUGGCUAAGCAAGCCAGCAUGCACUUGGACUACAUUCGUUGCCAACAAAGUCGCGAAAGUUGAUCAGCUCACCAACAGAGAACAGUGGUUUCAUGUGAAAUCGGAAGAUAACCCGGCUGAUCUGGCAAGCAGGGGCGUCUCAGUCCAUGAGCUCAAGGACAGCAACCUCUGGUGGCAUGGGCCUGAGUGGCUGCGUCACAACCAGGAGCAGUGGCCACUCAAUUCGUCGGUCCCGCUCGAAACCGAGCUCGAACAGCGCCCAAUAAGGUGUAACGUCGCCACAGCGCCCCCGAAAAAUGACAUUCUGGAGCGUUUUUCAGCAUUCGAGAGGGCUUUACGCGUUCUCGCUUACGUAUUCCGGUUUGCAAGAAUGUGUCGCAAGCAAAACGUUAACAUAAAGGCAGAACUCACUGCCGCAGAGUUGUCUGAUGUCCAAGAGAGGCUGAUUGUGCUCACCCAACUCAAUGAGUAUCCAAUAGAAUGCAAGGCCUUAGGCAAAAAGCAACAUAUUCCAGUCUCCAGCACGAUCUCCAAUCUAAACCCCUUUAUCGACAGCCACGGUGUCUUAAGAGCCAGCGGCCGUCUACGAGCAUCUGAGAUGCUAAGCUAUGAUGAGAAACAUCCAAUCAUCAUUCCGGCAAGGUGCACUUUUGCCAAACUUUUGGCCCUCUUUACCCAUCGCAUAUCCUUGCACGGGGGUAAUCAAUUGAUGAUCCGACUGAUUCGCUCCAAGUAUUGGAUACCUAAGCUGAGAAAUCUUGUAAGAGACACCAUUCAUUCCUGUCGAGUGUGCACCAUCCACAGACAAAAGCUGCAAACUCAGCUGAUGGGAGACUUGCCCUGCGCAAGAUCUACCUUUUCCAGGGCCUUUACCCACACGGGCGUUGACUUUGCGGGACCAUUUGACAUAAAAAACUAUCUCGGUCGGGGGUGUAAGAUAACUAAGGGGUAUGUCUGCGUUUUUGUGUGUUUUAGUACCCGAGCCAUCCAUCUAGAAGCUACAUCAGACUUGACCACUGAGAAGUUUCUGGCAGCCUUCUCGCGUUUCUCCGCACGACGUGGCUGUCCGCACCACAUAUACUCUGACAACGGGAAAACGUUUGUCGGAGCCUCCACGUCCCUAUCCAAGGAUUUCAUUGAAGCUACGAGGUCUUUGAUCCUGUCCAAGUACAGUUUUCAAAAUGUGACCUGGCACAUCAACCCUCCUGGCGCGCCUCAUAUGGAAGGGCUAUGGGAGGCCGGUGUCAAAAUCUUUAAGACACACUUCUACAAGCAAACAGCUGGCGGGAAGUACACCUUUGAAGAGUUAGCUACCCUCCUAUCGAAAAUUGAGGCCUGUUUAAACUCGAGGCCUAUUUCUCCAAUGUCCGAAGACCCCACAGACCUCGUAGCUUUUAGCCCCGAACACUUUCUAGUCGGCGGGCCACUCCUUUCCGUGACUGAGCCCGAGAUUAAAGAAAACCCGAUUUCCAUUUUAAACCGAUGGCAGCGGCUAAAGGCCCUGCAUCAGCAAUUUUGCUUACGUUGGAAAGAAGAGUACCUAAAGGAGCUCCAUAAAAGGACCAAAUGGCAAUUUCCAACGCGAGACAUUCAGACGGGGGACAUGGUGGUGCUAAAAGAGGAGAAUUUACCACCAAAUGAAUGGCGGCUUGGGCGGAUCCAACUGGUGUGCCCAGGCGCGGAUGGCAAGACCCGAGUGGCAGAUGUUCUUACCGCACGUGGCAUUAUCCGACGACCAAUCGCAAAGAUGAUCCGCCUUCCGAUGGAGGCCUCCAGCUCCGAGUGA